CCUAAACGCAGUGUUGAGUCACGGUGCGUCCUUUGCUCUUUCUGUUCAGCUGAUUCUAAUUAUGCUGUGCUCUGCAGGAACCGCUCUCUGCGUGUUUCACAGGAGAUUUUUAUCACCCAGACUCGUACCUCUCAGCCUCCGCACCAUGUCGUCUCCCGGUUCGACCCAGUCGAAAGUCCCAGUGACUUUACUGGGAAGCAUGGCUUUCGGGGGGCGCGCAGACGCGGAUACUAGCGCUGCCAUGGUGCGCGCUUUCUUAGAGCGUGGACACGACGAAGUGGACACCGCGUACAUGUACGUGGACGGACAGUCAGAGACCGUUAUCGGGGGAAUGGGAUUACCCAAGACAGUUAAAAUCGCCACCAAAGCCAAUCCCUGGGACGGCAAGACGCUGAAGCCAGAGAGCGUCCGCUCUCAGCUGGACACCUCUCUGAAGAGACUGCAGGCCCAGAGUGUCGAUAUCUUCUACCUCCACGCUCCUGACCACGAGAACCCCAUCGAGGACACGCUGCGAGCCUGCCACGAGCUGCACAGGGAGGGCAAGUUCAAAGAGCUUGGCCUGUCCAACUACGCCUGCUGGGAAGUGGCUGAAAUUUAUUGCAUCUGUAAACACAACGGCUGGAUUCGGCCCACCGUUUACCAGGGAAUGUACAACGCCACCACUCGUCAGGUUGAGACAGAGCUGCUGCCUUGUCUGAGAUACUACGGAAUGAGGUUCUACGCCUAUAACCCUCUGGCAGGUGGGUUACUGACUGGGAAAUACAAAUUUGAAGAUAAGGACAACUCGCAGCCGUCUGGCAGAUUUUUUGGAAACGACUGGGCUAAAGCAUACCAGGCGAGGUACUGGAAGCAGCACCAUUUCCAGGGAAUAGAUCUUGUGCAGAAUGCUUUGCAGGCAGCUUACGGGUCCAGCAAGCCGACGAUGACCUCCGCAGCCCUGCGCUGGCUGUACCAUCACUCCCAACUUCAGGUAGAACGCGCUUCAAUCAGGGUGUCCCCGAGCCCUGGCGGUCGCGUAACUGCGCCGCCUCUCUUCGGACAGGGCGAGCGUGGGGACGGUGUGAUCCUGGGCAUGUCUACCAUGGAGCAGCUGAAGCAGAACCUGGCCGCUGUGGAGGAGGAGCCGCUGAUGCCCAGCGUGGUCGAGGCCUUCAGGCAGGCCUGGGACCUGGUGGCACAUGAAUGCCCCAACUACUUCCGCUAGAGACACCGGAACAGGUCAAGCUGCUAACUGGAACUUCAUGUAAACAGUUAAGAGUUUGUGUCUUCCCAAGUGGAGUAUAUAUAUAUAUACACACACACACACACAUACAUUCUUAAUGCUCCAAAAACUUUAGAAUAAAAAGAUUUCACAACAUCUUUCCCAUGACCUCACAAUAGAUUAUUGAUAGAAUAAUGUACAGCAGAAGGCACUACAAAGUCCUGAAAAUGUAUUUCAAAUAAAAUUGAAAAAAGUUCUCAUGAA